AUCGGGUUCUCCGCGGGCGCCAAAACAAGCGCGAGCGCUCCGUGCACUUCAGUCGUAGAAGAGAGCUUACUGCGAACGGUCGUAGUGUCUGCGCGCCGCACGAAGUUUCAGUCAACGUCUGUGCAACAACACGCCGGUCGGUGUUUCUGUAACGGCAAUCAAGUGUAGUGUGGAAAUCGAACGCCAUCAAAAUUGAAUCUUUGCAAUCGUUUAUCGUGUGUGUGUGUGUGGGGAAGCAAUUGUGACGAAAAAACUAACAAGCAAUAGUGUUUAAAACUAAUGGAACGAAGAUUGUAGAAAAAUCUUUGCCAAUUCACGUGUUUUAUAUACCGAAAAGGCUCGAUUGAAAGAUUACUUUGAUUUUGAUCUUUAAAGGCAACAGAGAAAGUAAACAGUGCGUGUGUACGUGUGUGUGUGAACAAGUGAAGGAAACCGUAUCGCGAAAAUCUCCCACAUUCGGGGAAUUAUUUGGGGGAAAAUCGAACGUGCGGAAGUGCAGUGGUGUUUCCCCGCUCAAUCGAAAGCGAGUGUGUCUCCGUGCGUGUGCCUUUCAGUACGCAUCUGGCCGGCAUUAAAAGGUGUUUGUUUUGCUCGUCUUUCGAUUUGCUUUGGCUUACUUUCUACCGGUGGGCCUUCUUUGGGCGCGCGCGAGAGUAAUUGCGUUGCUAACGAAAAAGCAAAGAAAAGGCCCACAACCCAUCGAGUGCCGCUCGAACCACAAUCAUAUUAGAUCGGGCCUUUUUUCCGGCAACUGAGGUUAGCAUCAAGGGCGCUCCAAAACGCAAAAAUAAAAAAAAAGCACAGCGAAGGCAAGAUUUUGGCAAAUGACAUGUGGAAAGCGAAAAGAUAAAGAGAAAAUGUGAAUAUCAUUUUUGCAGCUUCUUGCCAUUAACGAAAAUAAAACAAAAAGUAUGCCACCGAUGUGUACGGUACAAUAGGUGUGUAAAGUGUGUGAGUGUGUUUGUAUGUGCAUGCGUGUGCCCGUUGCUUAGUGACGGAAAACGACGGAAUUUUUGGUGUGGUUUUUCGGUUAUCAAGAGAAAUCAUCCACCUGAAUUAGGUUGGAAAAGUGACAACAGGACCGCGAACAACGAAAGAAAAUUCCCCUUGGUCUUGGUCUGGGAUGGUGGGGAAUUCCCAUUCGUGGUGUUAGUGUUUUUUUGUUGCAUCGUUCCUUCAAGUACAGCCUUUCAUCAGCUCCAUCAACGCCGUGACACAGGCACGUAGUUACGACGCGUCCUGCCCUAGCUUAAUUUAGCCGUGGUUUUAUUGAAUUUGCGGAAGAGUUUUCCGCAUUUGACGGCAGGGACAAUUCCUGGAACUAUUCCGUCAGCAGCAACUAGCCCAGGAGACACUGCCGAGAUUACCGACUCACUCCACUUCACGCCAUCCAGCCAGCCAGCCCGAGUUUGCUGGGAGCAAACAAAAAUGUCCUCCUCGCCCCGACUAACCGGUUACACGCUGCGCCCCUCGGAGACGUCGACCACGGUGUCGGUAACGCUCAACAGCUGCGGGACGGGCAUUAAAAAGCUUAGCAUUAACGACAGCGUCAAGUCGGCGGGAAGUGCCAAUUCCGGCGGCGAAUCGACCGAUCCGCUAGAGUCAGAUUUUAGUGGCGAGGAGGAGGAGGAGGAAGAAGAAGAGGAGGAGGAGCGUGAUCUUGAAGAGGACGAGGAGGAUAAGGAAGAGGAGGAAGAGGACGAGGAGGAAGACGACGACGAAGACGAGGAGGAAGAGGACAGCGUUCGACAGGACCGUCGGCAAGGCGAAAGUGUACGAUUGAGGUUAGCGGCUGGUGGGAAAGGUAAACACGGAACCACCAACCGGCAACAACAGCAAGCCGACGACGAGGACGACGACGAAGACGACGAGGACGAAGACGACGAGGAGGACAAAGCCGCCCUCCGUCGCAGUCCACCGAAAGGUACCCGAAAGCAAGUGUCCACCUCGUCCGCGGACGGAGACGAGGACGAACAGCAGGACGCAGGGCUGAGAGUGCAGCCGAAGGCUGCCAACGGUGCCGGAGGGAAUGGGCGACAGCAAUCCCGAGGUCCUGCUGCUGACGCUGACGAUGGUGAUGCUGAUCGGCGCGGCGGCGAUAGCGAUGAUGAUGGUGGCGAUCUAUCUGAUAAGAAUAAUAAUAUCGGCGCAGCUGUUCGGCGCAAACAACCGGAGGACUAUGCUUUGGAUGAUUUUCAAAUACUGAAAACGAUAGGAACGGGCACAUUCGGGCGAGUGUGCCUGUGCCGGGAUAAAAUCACCAACAAAUACUGGGCGAUGAAGAUACUGGCCAUGGCGGACGUGAUACGGUUGAAGCAGAUCGAGCACGUAAAGAACGAGAAAAACAUCCUGCAAGAAAUCGACCAUCCUUUUAUCGUGAAUAUGCGAUGGAACUCCAAAGACGACUGCUGCCUGUACAUGCUGUUCGAGUUCGUUAGUGGCGGUGAACUGUUUUCCUAUCUCCGAAAUGCCGGCCGCUUCGACAGUGCCACCGCUAACUUUUACGCCUGCGAGAUUGUGCUGGCGCUCGAGUAUCUGCACUCGCUGUCGAUCGUGUACCGGGAUCUGAAGCCGGAAAAUCUGCUGCUCGACCGGGAAGGCCAUAUGAAGAUCACCGACUUUGGGUUUGCGAAGAAGCUGAAGGACCGCACCUGGACGCUGUGCGGUACGCCCGAGUACCUUGCGCCGGAAAUCAUUCAAUCCAAGGGCCACAACAAAGCCGUCGACUGGUGGGCAUUGGGUGUACUCAUCUACGAGAUGAUCGUCGGCUAUCCUCCAUUCUACGAUGACAAUCCGUUCGGGAUUUAUGAAAAAAUUCUCAGUGGCAAGAUUGAAUGGUCGCGGCACGUGGACCCCAUCGCGAAGGAUCUCGUCAAGAAGCUGCUGGUGCUGGACCGAACCAAGCGUUUGGGCAAUAUGAAGAACGGAGCAGAGGACGUUAAAAGACACCGAUGGUUUAAGCAUCUGGACUGGAAUGUCGUGAUACGAAAGCAGCUCAAGCCUCCGAUCGUUCCGACUUAUGUGUUUAGUUCGAAGGAGGACGACACUAGCAACUUCGACGACUAUCCCGAGACGGACUGGAAGUCGGUGAGAUCGCUGGACAAGAUCGAGAUGCAGCUGUUUGAAGAUUUCUAAACUAGCCAGUGCCGUUUUGCGUGCCAGUGUCGGAUCACGACCACCUCUCAGGAAAGGAAUUGGGAAGGGGGCUCGCGGCAGGAUGUUUUUCUACAAUAUAGCAAACGAUCUUUAA